UGUAUGUGGUCAGACCGCAUUUUUAGAGAGAGUGGGGUCGGUCGGAUAAGCCCGGCCCGGUCUCAAGAUCGUCUGUGUAUAGCCGUCCACCACCGGUUUACAUCCACAGAGAGAGAGAGAGAGAGAGAGGGAAGUGAUCUUUUCUCUAUGGUGGAGGGAACGUUUCCAAAACCUGAAGACGUUAGUUAAGAAAAUCUUACUGUACCAAAUUUCAAUAUUUUCAUUUCCUUAUUUGAAAACCGCCAUGAUUGCUGCCGCGCUGCAACCGAUCUCUGCAUCACCACAAUGUCUGUGCUUCCCUAAGAGCCGGAGUAGAAGAAAGCCCUUGGUUACUGUUCGGAAUUCGCUGGUAAUUGAUACGCCUGCGGACGAGCAGGCCUCGGCCGAAACUCCGCCGGAAUCCGUCUCCCGCCGCCUUAUACUGCUCCGUCACGCCAGGAGUUCCUGGGAAGAUCGUUCUCUCAAAGAUCAUGAUCGGCCAUUGAGUAAAUUGGGACGAGCAGAUGCUGUCAAGCUAGGUCAGAAACUUGAGCAAUUGGGCUGGAUUCCUCAACUUGUGCUAUCAAGUGAUGCACAGAGAACACGGGAAACAUUGAAAAUUAUUCAGGAACAAGUGCGUGCUUUCUUGGAAGCCGAGGUACAUUUUAUUUCAAGCUUUUACUCUGUUGCAGCCAUGGAUGGGCAGACAGCAGAACACCUUCAGCGGACCAUCUGCAAAUACUCGAGAAAUGAGAUCCUUACAGUAAUGUGUAUGGGCCAUAACAGAGGAUGGGAGGAGGCAGCUUCCAUGUUCUCUGGUGCCUCCAUAGAACUGAAGACAUGCAAUGCUGCUCUGCUGGAAGCAACUGGGAAUUCAUGGGAAGAGGCAUUUUCUUUGGCAGGAUUUGGUGGUUGGAAGCUUCAUGCCAUUAUAAAACCCGAAUCUGAUCUCCUAGGUGCUGUUUAAGUUGAGGCCAAAUUAUCAUCCCAGAUAGCAUUGCACUUGCUCCGCUCCUAAUCAUGAGAACUGACAUGUUCGUGUCAAUAGAGGAGCUAUGGGAAUCAAUUUCCCUUCUGCUGCUAUCUUCCGAACAAGCUCUAUGAGCUUUCUUACUAUAGAGCAGCUAUGGUCGCCAUGAGUUUGGUAUGACCAUGAAGCCUAUGCUUUGACUGCUGGAAAUAUGAGUGCUCAUGUGUAUACUUAUUCAGCUCACGUAAGUUCAUAUUUUGGAUGAACGUACAUAUUGAAGAAAGGCAUCUUAUGUACAUUUUAGGAACUAUUCAGAGCAUCCAGCAAUGUUGAGAGGAAUUAUGUUGAUAUUAAUUCCAGUGCUCUUCACGGAUGAUGUUUUAUCUUCUGCAUAUGUUAUCAUGGCCAGUUCAUUUGUAUUGAUAUAGUAAUUAUAACGUGUAUUCUUGUCUCUUUCUAUA